AUGUCGUCAGCCGAAGACAAGGUGGAGAAGAACAUCGAGCCCGCCACCGAGUCGGUCGCCGAUGGCUCUUCCAAGAACUUUGACAAGGCCUAUCAGUUUGCCAAAGAGCACCAUGCCGGGCCCUUGAGCCCGGAGGAGGAUCGGCGCCUGCGGCGCAAGAUUGACUUCCACCUCCUGCCUCUGAUGGUCAUUACCUACACGCUCAAUUUCAUGGACAAGAAUGCCUUGUCCUACUCCGCAAACUUCGGCCUCAUCACGGACAACAAACUGGUCGGCAAUCAGUACAGCUGGGCCUCCGGCUCCAUCUUCUACCUGUCGUACAUGGUUUCUCAGCCCUUCGUCGCCCGUCUUGUCGUCCGCUUCCCCGUCGGCCGCUUCGUCGCGUGCGCCACCAUCCUGUGGGGUGCCGUGCUCAUGACGCUGCCCGCGUCGCGCUCGUUUGCUGCCCUCAUGACCAUCCGCGCCCUGCUCGGCUGCCUCGAGUCCUGCAUCAACCCGGCCUUUAUCAUCAUCUCGUCGCAGUGGUGGAAGCGCGAGGAGCAACCCAUGCGUAUUACCUGGUGGUAUCUGGGCAACUCGAUUGGCCAGGUCUGCGGCGGCCUUCUGGGAUACGGCAUUGCCCAUAUUAACAACUCCAAGGUGCCCAACUGGUCUUGGUUCUUCAUCAUCUUUGGCGCCAUCACCAUCUUCUACGGCGCCUUCCUCGUUUUCUACCUACCCGAUUCGCCCAUGAACGCCCGCUGGCUUACCGAGAAGGAGCGGGCCCAGGCCAUCGAGCGUGUCCGUGAGAACCGCACCGGCGUGGACAGCAAUGUCUGGAAGUGGUCCCAGUUCCGCGAGUGCCUGACCGACAUUCCCUGCUGGCUGCUCGUCGCCGCUACCUUCCUGGAUGACAUCCCUGCUGGUGGUGUCGCAUCCUUUGGCAGCAUUGUCGUCAAGGGCUUUGGUUUCAGCACCCUAUACUCGACUCUGCUCCUGUGCCCUCUGGGUGUUAUCCAAGCCAUCUGCCUCAUCUUUGGAGGCUAUAUGACCUCUCGUUUCAAGAACAUCCGAACAUGGCUCAUCAUCGGAUGCCAAGUUCCCGCUUUGAUUGGCGCUGUCCUGCUCUACACGUUGCCACGAUGGAACCAGCGCGGUCUCCUGGGCUCCUACUACGUCGUUCAGACCCACGGCAUCGUCGCCACUCUGACCAUGUCCCUCGUGUCUAGCAACUUUGCCGGCUAUACCAAGAAGGCUACCGCAUCCGCCAUGAUGUACAUUGCCUUCUGCGUCGGACAGGUCGUCGCCCCGCAGCUCUUCCUCAAUAGCGAGGCUCCCGUCUACGAGACCGCCUUCCGCGCGUCAUUCAUCUGCUUCGCAUUGUGCAUCUUCGUGAUAUUCAUCCUGCGAUACUACCUGAUCUGGGAGAACAAGAGACGGGACCGUAUGGCGCUUACGGAGACUGUUCAGGUCAACGAAGGCGACGAGUUUCUCGACCGCACGGACAAGGAGCAGAAGCUCAUCUUCCGCUAUGUUCUGUAA